GCAAAGAUGUAUUUUUCUACCAAGUAAAUCACAGUAAUUUUACAUUCAUUCCUAAUGCAUUGUAUCCAUCUUUUACUAGCCGCCGUUUUAGUGUACUAUGCAGUAGAUGGAGUUUUGUGGUGGUAUAUUACCAUAAAGCGUUCGCGUAGCAUUUUAUAACGAUUUUGCAGAUAUUCGAAGUUUGUUAAAGAUAUAUGUAACGAGGUUCCAUUGUAUUCCUUACAUUUCUAUGUUCUUUUUCGUCCGGUAUCUCCACAUCCGAAACGAUUCAUGGAUCGGUCUAAAUACCUUGGGUUUGGAUGCAAAAUUUCUUUUGCAUUGUUUCUAGUCACACAAACCCGGUUAUGCAGCAUAAACUUGUAUGUGUACGCUUACAUGUGUUUUCUACAAAACCCUAGGACUGCAGGAGUUCAAUUCGCGAGUAUUUGUUGGUUUCAAAAUUAAUACAUAUCACAAAUGGAGGAUAUCAGUAGUAAAGAUGCUACCAAGGCCGGUGAUGAAACGGCUGUAGCCAAGUACCGCACCUUCAAAAACGUCAAACCGUUUACCUAUAUCAUAUGCUUUAGUCACAUUAGUUUCAUUAUUUGUCUGUACUAUGCAUAUUGCUUUAUUGGAAACAGAGUAAUACCAAUAAUGCUUGAAAAGCAAAGGAUGGCUAGAGAAAUUAUUCAACAAAGCAGUUUGAAUCCCUAUAAAUCUAAAGGGACAAAACGUCCUACAGCAUAAUAGUCAGUUUUUCAACUAUUUUGGUGUUUCAGUUGUCAUGCAGAUCCUUCAACAAACGCACUUUGGUAACUUUUUCGUAAAAGUAAUUGAAAACUAGUGUUUGGUCAAUAUAUGUUGUUAAGUUCAAUUCAGUAGUUUUUAGUUUUUAAAAGUCUUUUGGUUAACCAAAGUCUCAAACGAGGUGGUUAAUGAAGUAAAUGGUUUGUGCUCAAAUUCAUUACUUCUAGCCUAUCUUCUAAAUCUGAGUCACUUUUAUCGUACAUAUCACUGUAAAAAUUUCCGUGAUUAGAGAUUAGUGCUGCAUUCGCGUUCUUCCUAAUAUAAAUUUAAGUACAUUUUGGUUGUCUUAACAAUUGGUUACUUACCUCAGAGAUACGUAAUGCGUAGUUUAACGAUGGUGGUAAUAUUACCUUGCCACAUCCGACUCAAGUAUUAAUACAGUCGCUACGAAUGUCAUCACAAGGGCUUUAAUAUCAUUCACUGCUUAACCAAUCCUGAAGCUGGUCGAAAAAAACAGAGGUAGUUAGACCAUGGGGCCAGCACUCGUUGGUGCGUAACGACUCCUUGAAUAUUGUAUGACAUGACACGCGACUCAAUCACUUGAUACAAUGUUAGAUAUGGCUGAGAAUCGAGAUCAUUGGUGAAUAUACAACACCUUCCCCCUUUCUUCUAUUUCUGAAGGUAACGAGCGUUCUUCUGAACAUUUUUAAUGAGCAUUCCUACCCAUUUUCAUUGUCAUUCCCUAGCUAUAUGAUUUUUCUUUUCCUUAUUGUCUUCGUGUAGCAUACCUCCUGGUGUCAAGUUUAUGCAAAUUAGUUGAUGUAUGUAUUAUGACUAAGGCUUGCAGGUUCUUUCCAACUCAUACAACAUUUUAGUCUAUUUAGGCUGUUUUAUGACUAAUAAAAGGCAUUAUUAGUAGGCAGAUAGUUCUUUUCCACAAGUAGCUGUUAAAUAACAAAGUCAUUAUAAUAAAAGAAGUCAUUUUUAUAUUUUUUCAUUGGGUGUGGUUUUUGUAGGCAGAUGAUGCCCAUUAUAUUCCUCGUGCUGUCUUAUUAGACUUGGAACCACGUGUAAUCAAUACAAUCUUAUCUUCACCGUAUGCCCGGCUAUAUAAUCCAGAAAAUGUUUAUUUAUCUAAACAUGGAGGUGGUGCUGGAAAUAAUUGGGCAGCCGGAUUUACACAAGGUGAAAAAUUAGAAGAAGAGGUCUUUGAUAUUAUUGACCGUGAAGCUGAAGGAAGUGAUAGCUUGGAAGGCUUCGUUAUGACUCACUCAAUCGCUGGAGGAACAGGAUCUGGAAUGGGUUCAUUUAUCCUCGAACGUCUUAAUUCACACUUUCCUAAGAAACUUAUUCAAACUUAUUCAGUUUUUCCAAACUUAGAAGAGACUAGCGAUGUUGUUGUUCAACCUUAUAAUAGUUUGUUAACAUUGAAACGUUUGACUUUGAAUGCUGACUGUGUGGUUGUUCUGGACAAUACUGCUCUACACCGGAUAGCUACAGAUCGUUUACACAUUGAAAAUCCAUCAUUUGCGCAAAUCAACCAGUUGGUCUCCAAAGUAAUGUCUGCAAGUACAGCCACACUACGUUAUCCAAGUUAUAUGAACAAUGAUCUAAUCGGUUUAAUUGCUCCACUGACGCCUACUCCACGAUUGCAUUUCUUAAUGACUGGUUACACUCCAUUGACAACAGAUACGGAAGUUGCAACAGUAAGACGUACAACUGUAUUUGAUGUUAUGAGGCGUUUAUUACAGCCUAAAAAUAUGAUGGUUUCUACUCCAACACAACGUGGUGUUAGUCAUUGUUAUGUUUCAAUAUUAAAUAUUAUACAAGGAGAAGUAGAUCCUACUGAAGUACAUAAGUCAUUGCAGCGUAUUCGAGAACGUCGUAUGGCCCAAUUUAUCCCUUGGGGUCCAGCCAGUAUUCAAGUUGCGUUGUCUAGGCGAUCUCCAUAUGUACAAACACCACAUCGUGUUAGUGGUCUUUUGCUUGCAAAUAAUACAAGUAUAUCUACUCUGUUUCUUCGUACUUUAGCUCAAUAUGAUAAAUUACGUACUCGUGGUGCCUUCAUUGAACAAUUCCGUAAAGAGGAUGUGUUCCGUGAUGAUCCUGAUUUGAAGGAAUUUUCUGACAGUAGACAAGUAGUUCAUAAUCUAAUCGAGGAGCAUAGUGCAGCAACUCGACCAGAUUAUGUUCAUUGGGGUGCUCAACGAGCUGCAGCUGUAGCUGCAACACAAGCGGCAGCAGCUGCUGCUGCAGCUUCUUCAAACACUUGA